CGGGAAGCCUCCAACCUGGCACCGCGGUUGAACCCCAGGCGGGUUGAACCCCGCUCUGCCCCUUGCCGGGGAGCUCCCGCGCCGCGCCGGGGCCGUACGUGGAGCGCGGUGCGAGCGGCCGGGCGCGGGAACAUCCGCGCUCCCAAAGGCAGCGAGCGGCAGCCUCGGCGCGUCACAUGACGGCGCUUGGGAAUUAACCCAGCUCCUUCCCCCGCGCAGCUUCUUCCCCCGCACUACAACAAGCGAGCGGUUGCAAGGAAGACGCGUAGCGCGGUGUCUCAGGGCCCCUAGCACAGGCACGCCCGCACGUAUGCACACGCGGGGAGAAGCUUGGGCACCUUUGCGCGUGAGAACGGCCCAAAGCGCGGAAGACCCAGCACCGCUUUGCUUAGCGAGGAUCUCCUCGGUGUUGCUCCGAGGCUGAGGAAUGUCUAACGCUAACGAGAUCCAGAUGUGCCCGCUUGGCAGCCCGCGCACCAAACGUUACCGAGGGGACGCAGGAGCCGCGCUAUCAAAUUGGAUAUGGACAUUGGCACCAGGCAGCUCAAACAGAUGUUUUAACAGUCCUGGAAACACUGUGGAGACAAUGAAAGUACGUCUCAAGGGGGAUGCGAUCUGUACCCUUUUCCUGGUGCUAGCACUCGGCUCUUUACUCUAUUCCCAGCUAGAGCACCUAGUCCCAGCAGGAAACAAGGAGCUGACACACAAGAAACCUUCAGCAACACAGAGAAUUUUCUCUGAUCUCAAAGCACCUGGGAGACCUAUGCCAGCGGAGGCAACAGUUCCCAGACCCCAAAUAAUUCCUAUGGUUAGACGAGCAGAGGUGGCGAAUAACAGGGUCCAAACUACAACUUCACCGCCAUUGACUGAUUCUGCCUUCAACUUCAAGCGUUAUCUCCUAAACAAAGACAACAGGAACUUCAAUCUUCUUAUUAACCAGCCCAAGAAAUGCAGGAAAAUACCCGGAGGUCCCUUUCUGCUCAUUGCUAUCAAAUCAGUGGUUGAAGAUUUCGACAGACGCGAGAUUGUCCGUAAGACUUGGGGUAGGGAGGGUUUGGUGAAUGGGGAGCAGAUUCAACGAGUUUUCCUCCUGGGAACACCGAAGAACAGGACGGCGUUAGCAACAUGGGAGACCCUUAUCCAUCAGGAAAGUCAGGCAUACAGGGACAUUUUACUCUGGGACUUCAUGGAUACUUUCUUCAAUUUGACCCUGAAGGAGAUCCAUUUCCUGAACUGGGCUGCUGAAUUCUGCUCCAAUGUGAAAUUUAUUUUUAAAGGUGAUGCUGAUGUUUUUGUCAAUGUAGAGAACAUUGUUGACUUCCUUGAGAGACAUGACCCCACUGAGGACCUCUUCGUUGGGGAUAUCAUCUACAAUGCCCGCCCCAUCCGUGUCCGAAAAAGUAAAUACUAUAUCCCAGAGACCAUGUAUGGGCUAAGCAUUUAUCCAGCCUAUGCAGGUGGAGGAGGUUUUUUACUGUCCAGCCGCACCAUGAGGAAGCUCUCCAGGGCUUGCAAAGAGGUGGAACUCUUUCCCAUUGAUGAUGUCUUUUUGGGCAUGUGCUUACAGAGAAUCAGUCUCAAACCCAUUUUGCACGAAGGAUUCAAGACUUUCGGUAUUGUCAAGCCUUCUGCUGCCCCACAUCUACAGACAUUUGACCCCUGUUUUUACAAAGAUCUCAUGGUAGUUCACAGUCUAAAAGUUGCUGAGAUCUGGCUAAUGUGGAAUCUGCUCCACAGCCCACGGCUUUCCUGUACUCAGAAGAAGCAGGUGAAGAAGCCUUUCCAGUGGAAAAAGAAAGUUCAAACAGCGACACGGGCAUCACUCUUCUGAUCAUGCAGGCAGACUGCAGCAGAAACACAUGGCAAACCAGCUGAGCGAGGGAACCUAGAACGGUUGCAAUCAAACAGACUUUAGAAGUAGAGUAUUUUAGCUUAUCUUAUUUACUAACGUUAAGAGAAGAGUGCAAACUAUUGCAGGAGUUUGCCAUUUGCACACACACACAAUAUAGUAGGCCCUUCUCCAUUAAUGAGUCAAAAUAAUUGUAACAAUAUCUUUAAUUUAUUAUUAUUUAUUAGACUUGCAGUAGUGCUUAGAGGGCCAAUAUAUACAAAUGCAUUGUAAAACGCAAUCCUUAGAUUUUUUUCAGCAUUGUUAGGAAUGUGACAACUGGAAAGAGAAAGAUAGGGCAAGAGAUCAUGCCAAGGAGCACAAGGAUGGUUGUCAACUUGUCACCUUGAUUAGAAUGACUCAGACUCAUUGAGAAAUUACCAAACAACACAGUAACUAGAGUAAAUGAAAUCAGGUCUCCCCUGUGAAUGCUCAAAUCAAAUUCCCACUGCCUGGCUGGUUUUCAAAAAAGAGGCCUCGAAAGAGGAGAAAAGAAAAACUAACAGAGCUAUUGAAAGAGGGUCCCAGUUAAGACAGACUACAAGAAAACAAACUGGAGGCCGAGGGCUGGCAUGGCCGGUUGAGCAGAGGACAGGUAAGUCGGUAUCUGGGAAGGAGCAGAAGUCUGAAGGGCCUUUAGGGAAAGGAUAAGAAGAGGUUUCAGCUCACCUCUCUUUAUGUCUUGGUUUUUCAUUAUUCAUAGCAGCACUUCAGUUCAAAUACCUGUUCUACUGACACACUGUCAGGAUGCCAGAGGACCUGUCUGUGGUGUUUGGGGGAGCUCAGGCUCUCUACACUAUAUGCUGACUGGCACUCUGAAAACUCAAAGUCAUCCAACAGCAGCUGAUCUCUCUCUCACCAUGUAAUCCAGAUCUUCAGGAGGUUUGCAUCUGGAGAGCUCUAUUUUAGCCUUUUCCUGGUAAGGGCAAAAACAUACAGAACUGCUGCUUGUGUCACAUUUGGGGAGCUUCUCCAAACCAAAGGAAAACAUGUUGAUGGACUGGGCUAGUUUCUACAGACUUGGGCACUCUUGCACUGCGUAUGGCCAACUACGAAGAGCAGCUGAGAGUUUUGAGAUCGCUAAGCAUGUAAGGUGAAGGGUUAGGGUAUCCUUCAGACAAAAGGGCUUCCAAACAUAAAAGCCUUUCUAAAGGCAUUGCAAAAAAGCAAAAAUGCACAGCAAUCUUUCUAUUGGUAGAUGCCUUCUCAUGUUUCAGUUACUGCCUGUAACUCAGUAGGCGUUUUAAGUAUCAGACGACGACACUGUUUUUUGGGUUUUUUUUUUUUUUUUUUUUUUUUUGCUCUUUCUUUUUUUUUUAAAACUAUGGUCAACACUUAAGCACUUAGAUCUGGCUCUAACUUUCCUCCCACUCAGCUGUAGUUUGGGCUCAGUUCUCAUUAACUAUGUACAUCAUGGAUGAAAAGAAGUUAGCAGUAUCUAUGGAUACGAAUAAUUAAAGGUAUACAGCAAUGCGUUAUCUUCAUUUUAAGAGUUCAAACCUUAUGAUAAUGUAUUUUCAGGGGAAGGUAGAAAUCAAAGGACCAUAAGCUGAUCUGGGAUAUUUACAGGACAACACCCUGAAAUACAAAAUGCUCGUGGGAACUUUACGAGUAGCUCUGCAGGGUGCAGAAAUGAGCCUUGCUAAUGGGAGAAACACAGUCACUCUCCUGUCUGAAGAUGCGUGAUAGGCAUGUAUUUAUGAGCUUGUACAGCAAUUUAUUAUCUGUGUUUAGUUUCCAAGUUGGGAACUUAUUUAUAUUGUAAUUAAAAGUUAGCAAGUAAACAUG